CCCACCUUUGAUCCUGACCAAUUGAAUCCCGUUUCAUUAUCCAACAGCAAAGAAACGACAUUAAACCCAUGUCUCCAGCAUUUUUUCUUUGUGUCCUCCUGCUCUGUUUCACCUUACAGCCAUGUCAUCGUAUCUUUACCUCAGCUGCCGGUGGCCAGUGGCAACUUCUGCAGAAAAGUAUUGGGAUAUCCGCAAUGCACAUGCAACUUCUCAACAACGACCGCGUGAUUAUUUUCGAUAGGACUGAUUUUGGCAAGUCCCAAUUGCUUUUACCGAACGGUAAAUGUCGGAAUGAUCCCAAUGAUACCGCUUUGAAAGUCGACUGUACAGCUCAUUCCGCAGAGUACAAUGUUCUGACCAAUACCUUCAGAGCUUUAACUGUUCAGACCGACGUUUGGUGUUCUGCUGGUGCUUUGAUGGCCGAUGGUGGCCUGAUUCAAACAGGCGGUUUCAAUGACGGUGAACGAAGAGUCAGGAUUUUCACCCCCUGCAAUGGUAACUGUGACUGGGUGGAAAUUGAAUACGGAUUGGCAGCGAGACGUUGGUAUCCCACCAAUCAUAUUCUGCCAGAUGGAAGACAAAUCAUCAUCGGUGGUCGUAAGCAGUUUAAUUAUGAGUUUUAUCCUAAGAAUACAGCUCCGGGUCUGUUCAAUUUGCCUUUCCUGGAGGAGACGAAUGACUAUGGGGCAGAGAACAAUCUGUACCCUUUUGUUCAUCUCAAUGUGGAUGGAAAUUUAUUCAUUUUUGCGAACAACCGAGCAAUUUUGUUUGAUUAUGUCAACAACAAAGUAGUCAAGACUUACCCGAUGAUUCCCGGUGGUGAUCCCCGGAACUAUCCCAGCACUGGGUCGUCGGUGUUGCUUCCCUUGAAGAAUUUACAAGCUCCAGCUAUCCAAGCUGAAGUAUUGGUAUGCGGAGGAGCACCGAAAGGAUCUUUUUUCAAAGCUAAAAAAGGCAACUUUGUGACCGCCUUGAGUACUUGCGGUCGGAUCAGGAUAACCGACCCGAAUCCUCAGUGGGUUAUGGAGACGAUGCCGCAAGCCAGAGUCAUGGGCGACAUGACAUUGCUCCCGGACGGUACUGUCUUGAUCAUCAAUGGUGCAGGGGCGGGUACUGCCGGAUGGGAACAUGGUCGGAAUCCGGUAUUGAGUCCAGUCAUUUACAGACCCGAUAACCCAAUUGGAUCACGGUUUGAGGUGCAGAACCCGACUACCAUCCCACGGAUGUACCACUCCACGGCGGUGCUACUCCGUGACGGUCGGGUUCUUGUCGGUGGAAGCAAUCCUCAUAUUUAUUACGUCUUCACGAGAGUCCUUUUCCCAACUGAAUUAAGUUUGGAAGCAUUUUCUCCGGACUAUCUCGACCCUAAAUUCAACAAUAUCCGUCCCACGAUUGUUGCACCGGUAAAUCAAGGAAUUUUGCGUUACGGUCAAAAGCAAACAGUACGUUUCAGUUGCACAGGACCAUUGGUCCAGAACUCGGUGGUGGUGACACUGGUGGCGCCGUCGUUCACGACACAUUCUUUCUCCAUGAACCAGAGGCUGCUGGUGUUGGGAAACAACAAGAUAACUGUUCUGAGGAGGAAAACCUACGACGUGGAGGUGACAAUACCGACUUCCGCUGCCCUCGCGCCCUCCGGAUAUUAUCUCAUGUUCGUGAUUCAUCAAAGUAUUCCAAGUAAUGGCAUUUGGAUUCACUUACAAAGUUAAUCAUUUUUUAAAAAACAAAAAUAAUUGAAAUGAUAAGUGUUCCUUUCUUAAAAUUAAUUAUACUUGUUGGUAUUAUUAAAGAAAGGCCUCAAAUGAUGUUCUUCUUCUUCAUCUUCUUCUUCCUAUUUUUUUUUAGUCAAAUCGUGAUGUUCUCAAAUUGUGCAAAUAUUAUGAAUUUUACAAAGUUUUUAAUCAAUAAAAUUGUAGGAUUGAC